GGCAGGAGGACAGUUGUUUGGCCGAGGAGCCCCAGGGACACACCUGGUGUGUUUCCACCCAUCCAAGGAGACAUUUCACCAGCCUCCAUUUCCCAUGGCUGCAGCAGCCCGAGGGCGAGCCAGACAGCACAGUGGGUCAGUGUUACUGCUUGUAAGGAUGUUCGCUCAGGAUUAUUUGUGGGCUCCACUGGUGUUACUGGUUGUCAGUUCCCAUUUUCCGAGUAAAGCACAGGAUCAAGUUCCAGCUCCAAAGAGGCUGCGUUUCAAAGCAGUGAACUCAAACACCCUGCUUGUUGCCUGGAAGGAGCCCAAAGGAGACUUUGAUAGUUACCUGUUCCUCUACAACAGCAUACCAGGUGGUCAUCAGAGGGAGAUCAUCAUAUCAAAAAGUGACAGUAAAGUGUUGAUAACCGACUACGACCCGUCCAAGGACUACAUCUUCAGUGUAAUUUCUGUCAGGGGUAGCACUCAGAGUAAACCACUGCAGGGCAGACAUAAAGCUGAGAGAGGCGAGGGUGGUGGAGGAGUCAAAACCCAGCCACAGCGUCUGACUGAUUCAUUCACUCUUCCUGAAGAUGUCAAUGAGAUCUCCGGAGUUGGAUGGGAUUGUGAUUUCUACUUCCACGCUGAGUCUUUGGGCUUCAUGUUGACAAGACAAUGUACCUUUUCAAAGUGCACACAGACAGAGCACGAGUGCACACAUGUUGGUAAAUCAUUCACUAAGGUGCGUAGACAGCUCCGACCUGAAUUUCCGACAAUAAGUGUCUUGUGUCUUCAUGGUUUUCUAUAAACUUG